AUGAUGGGUAAGUAAAUCUCCACAGAUUUUCCCUUUGUCCAUGUCCUUACAUGGUGAAACCAAAGCCGCCCCCUUAUUAAGGGAAGCUUGCAUUCAGAAGUGCAUUUCAGUUAAUUUACCACCACAAUCCAACGGGCAGUAGGUUACAUGACAUUAUUUGGAACUGUUAAUGUUAUACUGUUAUUGGUUAUACUAGCAAGAUGGAACUUCCAUGUGCAGCAGCUUAAAUUUAUUUUAUGAAAUAAAUUGUAUGAAAUAAACAGCUAGAGAGCUGCUGCCAGACAGUAUAUACAAAAGCUAGACGCACCAAUGGCCCGAUUCUAUAGGAGACAGCUUCCUAUGUCAAGCCAAUUCCUGUUUAAAUUAUUCACAAUCAAUAGAUAAAAUAAUUGAUUUCCACCUUUCCUGUCUUCCCACUUGCUCAGCACAGGGCCUGUGGCUCAUUCCACCAGCAACCCAGUGGGGAAUUUUGAGGAAUGUUAGGCUGAGAGCAACUGCCCCAGGGGCACUUGGGGAGAGUUUGGUAGCCGAGUGUGGAUUUGAAGCUGGGCUCUGCAGCUGCCUGUGUCCUACGGCAAAUGCAGUACAAGAGGGGUUGGUUGUUUCAACUGAUGGACUCCUCCAGAUGACUUGUUCAUUGAGCAUUUGUCCCGAUAUGCUUGCACGAAGCAUGCGGGAAGGUUUUACCCAUGGAGGCUGGCCCAUUAGGGCAAUUGGGGCACUGCCCCACCAACCUCGGCCUGCCCUCAGCCAAUCCACACCAACCUGCCUUGUCACUUACAACCACCAGUCAAGAGAGUUCUGCUGCAGGCCAGCUUCCUCCUGCUUGGUCUCCGGGUUGCUACGUACAACUCAGGAGGGCAGAGGAUGGAUAGAAUUAGAUGACUGUCCCUCACAUUAGCUCUGCCUACUAUUGGUCUCUCUGCCUUCUGUCCUUCCAGUCCCAAUGGGCGUAUCUGGUCUUUAUUGAGUUAUUAUCAUUUGGGUUUGUGCACAUGGAGAUUACUCAUUUUCCUAUCUAUCAAUUGUUGUCCCACACUUUCGGAUGCAUUUCUCCAUUACUUUCCUAACUGAGAAAAGUCCACCUGCUUCUUUUUUUAAAAAAAAUGGAUUUGUUAUGCCAGAGCCAUUUAAUCUACUUUAAUUGUGCAAACCCAAAUGGUAUGUGAUUGAAUCCUCCCACCCCAAAAUAGUGACAGUCUGGAGGUGACCCAUUUUUGCAUAAAUGUGUUAAGAAGGGGUUAGCAAGGUGGCUAUGAGGAAUGCCCUCCCCCAUUUUUAAAAAAACCAAUCCAGAGAAAUGUCACUAGUCCAAACUUUUUAUUUUCCUCGAACCUCCCUGUUGUUUAGCAGGGGGCUAAACAUCAGCCUCAUAAUUUCACUCUAAGUGAAACUUGGGAGCCUUUUAUGGAUGUACAGACUAAACCCCACCUUUAACGAUGUUACUGAAAUCCUUUUGGCCUUUCGUAUGUUUCAUCCAAGCAAGAAUAUCUGUAUCUGCUUUAGAAUUUCGCUUUAGGCAAAAUUUGGCUGUUGGCUCUAAUAAGCAGGACACGACAUUCAAGGAAUCUCACCUCCCUUUGUAUUUCAAAGUGAUGGCUUCAUAUUAGAUGCGCCAGGUUAGUCAAUGGAAAUUAACCCGCUCUCUGUUCUGAAAGAUUUGAAUGGGCCUGUUGGGCCAGAGUGCCUUCUAGUGGUGGCAGUAACACUCUGCUUUCCUUCUCAAUGAAUGGAGUUGGUUCCUUUAUGUAGCAAUUGCCAUUCAUAAGUGUUUGGAACUUCAGUGGUCACCUAUAUAAAUUCCAAAAUCUGUUUUCAGGGCUGUGUUUCACCUUUGAAACAGAUGAAAUCAUAAGAACAACAAGAGUACCUCUGAUUAUGUGCAGAGUGCAUUUCCUCAUUGGCACCUCCAUUAUACAUCUUUAGGCACCAGGCAAAAAUGUUCCUCUUCAAUCAGCCCUUGGGCUGAUUAACAGUCUAUGCCCUUUAAAACGUAUUUAUUGGAUGGGGGGGGGGUUGUUGGUUUGCUUUGUUUUUGUUCUUGUUUCUAUUAUGUUCUCUGUGGUUUUAUUUUGUAUUUUGAUGCUGUGAACUGCCCGAGAUCUUUGAGUGAACAGCGGUUUACAAAUUUAAUUAAUUAAUUAAUAAUUGGUCAUGUUGACUGACCUGACAGGAGCUGCAGUCCAAUGACAUCCGGAGUACCACAGUCUUCCCACCCUUGAUUUAGCCCAGUGCUGUCUACUCUGACUGGCAGUGACUAUCCAGGGUCUCAAGCAGAAUGUCACUUGCUAUCAGGUCCUUCUAAUUGGAGAUGAUAGGAGCUGAGCCAGAGACCUUAUGCAUGCAUAGCAAGUGCUGUGCCAUUGAGCUGUGUACACAACGCUAUUAUAGCACCUUGUACUGAAUGUCCAAUAUAACUGGCUACCUGCUUCCCAGGUCUCUCUCUUCUCCCUCCUCAUUUCUUACCAAGUCUUGGGACUGAACUGCAACUGAGCUGUGAUCCUAGUGCAUCACACUCACUUUCCCAUUAUUUGGACCAAGGGACACAGGCCUUUCCAUUCUUCCUUUGAGUGUCUUUGUGUAUGUGUGUGUGAGAGAGAAAGAGUUGGGUGGGGGAGAGUCAAGAAACUCCAUUUUCAUGCCCACCAAACAUGCUUGCCAAGUCACACACAGGUUCGGCUGCUUUCAAGAGAUUUGCAGAGCAUAGUCCAUCAAAGCAAACGUACAAAGAGUGCUGCCUUAAACUAGAUAUAACCAAUUCCCAAACUAUGGGAAGGUAUAAAACUGAAAUGGCAAAUAUCUCCCUGGGCAUGCUGCUUAUAAUCUAAACCAAUUUUUAUUUAUCUGCUUGUGAGUUCCAUUUGGCAGCCCCCCCCCCAUGAUACGUGAGCAGACUCAACAGAAAUGUGAAUAUAUACAUAAGAACGAACUGCGGAAUAUUUUUCAUGGACUGCAAAGAUCACUGGAGACAUUACCUGCUUGCUGUUUGAUUCUGCAAGGUUGCUUGAUUCACUGUUCUGCAUGCCAGGUGCCGGCAAGUCACCACCCACUUGCAGUGAGCCCCAGUUCUGUGCAAGGCAGAUGUCAGAAAAGGCAGGUGGUGCAACUGGAUAUAUGGGAAACUGGAACAUAUAGCCAUGAAGCCAUUUAUGCAUAUAGCCAUUUAUGAUGGGAGAGUGAAUGGGGCGCCUUCACCAGCCACCACUAUGCAAAUAUUGCAGAAGCCCUCCAGAAGCCCAAUUCGCUUCCUCAAACUGGCUUUUGAAUUCCUGCAGAAUAAAGUAACUAAGUAAAAGAGAGUUCAUCAGGUGUGGACUUUGGCAAUUAAAUAUGGCACCUUGUGCAAGGGCAAAAUUUGGCACUCACAAAUGGAUAGUCUCAAUUAUGGAUCUUCUGUUUUCAAUUUUGACCCGCCUCAGCUCAGUGCCCUCUGUGGGCGCCCACAUUGCCCAAAAGCUGGCACUGGAUAGAGAGACAGAUACCCCAACAGAGCAAGGAGCAGGGCAAAGGCCCCCCUGCCCUUAAACUUUUAGCUGUCACUCCUAGAGAGCAGAAGAAGUAAAAUUCUUUCCAGGCAUGUGCGAGACUUGCUGUUCAAUUAUUCCCCGUUUAUUCCUUUCGUCAGCGCCUGCCUCCCUUUUCAAUAUGCCAUAUAAUUUGCUAAUAAUAAUAAUUACAGUGAUCGCUGGCCCAGAGUGCAAAGAGGUAAUCAACUCCUUAAGCCCUGACUGUGCACUACUAAAGAAAGGGAAUGCAAAAAAAAGAAAAGAAAAAAAGAGCUACUCAGCCCGUCAUUAUUCAGCCUAGCCAAUCUAGGGUUCUUUGUUCACCUCCCUAUGAUGCAAUCCCAAUGAAGGUUUCUGAUAUACUGGAGGACCAUGAUGGAAUAUCCUGAGGGAAGCCCAGCAAAUCUGGGUCAGAUUACUUUAGCAGCUCUAUGCCAGUUUAGUGCCCUUCAGUUGUUUUGGGCUGCAGCACCUAUCAGCCAAACCUCCAGAGGACACCAGGAUAGUGGAGGAACAGCCAACAUGGUGCCCUCCAGAUGUUGUGGACUGCAACGCCCGCAAUUCCUGACUGCUGGCUAUGCUGGCUGGGGCAGGUGAGAACUGUAGUUGAAAACAUCUGGAGGGAACCCCCAUAUUGGCUACCCCUGUUCUACACCAUUGCCAUUACAGGAAGGUGGGAUAUCAAUAUGAUAAACAAAUCCUUGCCUCCCAUCCCCCCAGGAUUCAAAAAUGGUGGCCCUGCCAAUAAGGAGUCCCUACCCCGUAUUGUAUCUGAUUGCUCUACCAACAUUUCCCAGGAUGCUUUGGGCCACUGUCAUACAACAAAACACAGAGCUAGGUGGACUGUUUGUCUGGCACAGCAUGGCAAAUCCCUCCUGUUUUGAUUACUCCUACCUACAGAACCAGAUCAGCCUUUGCCAACCUGGUGCCCUCCAUGUUUUGGAGAAUGACUCCCAUUAGCCGGCAAAGCUGUGAGCUCCCAAAUUAUCUUUGUUUUUUCUCCUGGACUCUGCACAGAAUGCAUCUUAUUUGGCCUGUGGGGGAACAGAAAUAGAAUUUGCUUUAGUUAUGUGGAACAAACACCACCUGUGACUAGAGAUGGGGACAUUUUCAGUUUCUGUUUAUCUCUGUUUCUCAUUUUUCCAUCUUAAGUUCAGUUCUACAUCAAUUUGCCAUUUUUUUAAAAAAAAAAUCCUCAUGAAAGAAUUAACCAGCAUUUUAGCUCACAUUUCUCUUAAUAAGCACCCAUCUGUAUGCAGUUUUGUCUAAUAUAUUGUUAUGAUUCUUUUAAUAAUCUCUACAUUCACUGAAUGGUUAGAAUUCAAGCAAACUCAUAAAUUCAGAGUGUCGGCUUGCUGGGGGUGGGUGCUGAAGAAACAAAAGGCUGGUAAUGGCCUGGUUUGUUUGAUAAUGGUAAGCCAUCUGCAAAACAUCAGACCCUCUGCCCAGUAGCUUUUUGGGGUAGGUUAACCACAGGCAUGAUGUAAGCAACAGGAAAGAGACAAUGCCCUUUGCAAUGAGAAACAGAGAAACAGAGGCGGUCAGGGUGACGGGGGAGGAGGGGCUGGAUGCUGGAAGCGGAAGGGGAGGAGUUGCUUUCUGCAGGGGCUGCUGGGAAGAAGGGGGAGGUGGGCAGAACUCCAUGUGGGACUGAAGGGCAGCAGCCAGAGAUACAGAGGGGUGGCAUUUAGGAUGCUUCUAGAUCCAUUGUUGCACUGCUGGGAAGAACAAGCUCCUCUUAGGAUGCAACUGCCGUGAACUCUCUCUCUGUAAAACUCAGGUGUAAAUAGAGGUAAAUAAACCAUAUGUCAUAAAGACACUAGGCUCAGUCAUACCUCAUUCCAAAGGACACCAAGACCCUGGAAUCUCGCAUCGCUCAACAGAGAUUGGGCAGAGAGUGUACAUAAUCUGCAAUGCAAUUUUGCCUGAAACAAUGCAUUUUUGUAUGUUAUUUUCAAUAAUAUUUUACCCCAGUAUUUUAAUGUUUGGACACAUUGUUGGCUGCAGAAUUUUGUUACAAAAUACAGAUAAGUGCCAAGUUUCGAAAGGUGGCGCUGUUUCGGUUCUGUAUUGUUUUGGAAAGUGCAAAUCUAGCUAGGUUUGCCCUGAAAUACAAAUUUAAUUGAAAUUCUCCCCUCUCUCUAACUAUUUUCAUAAUAGCCUGCCGAUCUUCUCAGGUCAAGUGUCGUAUGACAAAGCAAGGAGCAUGCUGACCCCAUGUGGUGUAGUGGUUAGCGUGUUGGACUAAGACCAGGGAGACCAGGGUUCGAGCCCCUCCUCAGCCAGAAAGUUUGGACCAGAAUUCCCAUCAGGCCUAGGCAGUCCCUGGAUAGGACUGAUGGGAGCUAUAGUCAAAAAAUCAUGGAUAGCUGACAUGAGUAUGAAGGCACACAUGCCUACCCAAAGCCAGCAUCACUCUCCCUUGCAAACAAGACAACAUAAAGCAUUGCUGUGUACCAUUCUGUGACUUGCUGUUAGCGAUAAAAUGAAGCCUGAAAGACGGGAACAGUUUCCUUCCAUUUCCAGUGCCAUGUUAUUAAGAGUUGUACAAGGUUCCUGCAUUAAAAAAAGGAGGGGGAGGGAAGGUGGAAUUGGGCUUAAUCCCAGGAGAAAGGGGAGCUUCCUGCACUGCAUCCCAUCUUGUCAGUGGAUGGAGGGGCUCUCACCCUCCAGAAAAGGCAGGGACUGAGUGAGAUCCUUUUCUUAAAUCCUGGGGAUCCACUGCUGGUCAACAAUACUGGGCUAGAUGGACUAAUGCUAUAAGACAGCAUCCAAGAUAUCUUUCACUUGACACUGCAGCUUUUUCAGGUCUGACAAAACCAGAUACAUCUUUAUGUUAUUCAUUUCCAAAAGAUGGGAUGAUGGCUGCCUAGUGCCAACGUGUGCUGGUGUUUUUUUAAGUGGACCUAUGAGCUUUUAUGGUGGCUAAUAGACUUAUACUGUAUUUUGAGCCUGGAAAGAUAAAUGCCCAUCAUCCAGGGGUUUUUCCCCCAGCCGGAACUUCUCAGGUGGGUGCCAUUUCCAUGAUAAGAGAACAAGGGAGUUCUGGCACCUCUUUAUCUAGAAAAAUAGCACUGCCACGAUCUAUUAUGCAAUGGUUUGAGGACCUCACUGCCCUGGCUACGCUCAAAGGGCUUUCAUAUAGGUUUGAAUCUCACAUGGACAUCUAUUUGGACAUCUGAAGUGCUGAUUAAACUCAUAUGUUUAAUUUAAGAUUCACAUUGUGAUGGUCACAGUACUUGCAAUAUGAACUGAUGGUGAUUAGCAUUAUUUGAUGAUGAUGAAUACUUUUCUUAUAUUUUUCUUUCUCCUUCCAAUUUCCUAAUUUUUCUUUUCUCUUCCUCUCCAUAUUAAUAAAACAAAUAAGAAAAUGGGAUAGUGGAAACAAUGGACUCCUUAGUAUAAGAUGCAGGGCUCACAGCUUCUGAGCAUGUGCAAAAUGCCUUCUUGGCUUCAGGUUUAUGUGCUGCUAGGCCUCCCUCCGCCUCUCUCACCCCCAACACCCACCCUUUCAGGCUCUCUCCAGUCUCUGUGCAAAUGGAGCAGAUACGGUAACUAAGGAGGAGUCGGUUGUUACUAAGUGGGGGACCGACUGGAGAUAUACAGAGAGAUAACUAGAUCAUCCGUUGCUUCCAUCCAAGCCCUCCUUUAUCACAACUACAUAAAUUAGAAUGAAAAUUUAAUUUGGGGCUUUGAAAAAUUCAUGCACAGUCAAAGCAGCGAUGCCAAUCUGCUCCAAGUUUGAAUGUUUCCUUCGUACUAUGAAAGAGUGAAUGGAUCACAUGUUGGGUGUUGAUCCCUUGGGAGAGGAUUUAAAUAUUAACCCCUUAUAUAUUAACUUAAGAACUGGUGAGAUCAUUUGAUCCCUGAGAUUGUUAGCAGCAGCUCAUAAUCCCAUUCAUGAAGCCUGCUCAAUUUGUGAUCUGGCAAGUCAAACGCAGCCCACUUCUUGUGCCCAUUCUGAUACUUUACCAACGCCAGCAACACCAAUACCCUGCUGUUGCUGUUCACGGGGCUGGAGCAAUGCCCCGGAACUUCAUUUCUAGGUCCGAGUUUAGCAAACUUCACCAGCACCUCAAUUUUUUGGGAUUGUCUGGUCUUCUACUUGUGGUACUGCUCCUCUGGGGUUACUUUGUUUCAGCCGUGGGGAACCUGUGCUUCUCCUGAUACUGUUGGACUCCAGCUCCCAUUAUCCAUAGCCAGUAUGCCCAGGGAUGACGGGAUUUGUAGUCCACAAACAUCUGGAGGAUUACAGGCUCUCCAUUCCUGCUUUAUUUGCUUUUAGGGGUGUCAUUUUGGCAACUCUAACAUAAUUUGCUGUUGGAGUGGGGAAAGAAGGAUGUACAUCUAUGGACUAAUUGCUAAAAGAAUAUGACAUUUGUUUUAUAGGAACACAGGAAGCUGCCGUAUACAGAGUUAGAUCAUUGGUGCAUCUACCCAAGUUCAAGGUUUGGGUACUAACAUAUGCAGGCCCUAUGCAGCUCAGAACUAGGUUACUUGAGAGACUGCAAUGUAGAGGUGACCAUGGUCUUUGGGACUUUAAGCAUGGUUUGCUUAAAGUCCCCAAAAUAUUAGAAGCCUACUCCACAGUUUUCAGUGGCUGCCCCGUUCUGUGGAACAGCAGCCCUGCUGAGUUACACCAUAGGCACCCACUCUCUGGAAACAACCAAAGACAUGUUUGUUUCAACAAGCUUUUCCAGCUGGAUGAAAAGGUUUCUGACUUAGGUGUGAUUCCCCCCCAAAAAAACUAUCUAUAGCCAUUUUUAAUGGCAUGUUUGCAAAUUGCCUUCAGACAUAUGUAAAAGGUGAUUCAUUAAGUAACAACAGCAGCAACUCAGUACUUGAUGGCAAUACAUCUUCAGGUUUUUCAACAGGGAAUGGAGAUGCUGGGGUUCAAACCUGGGGAUCUUUCUGCAUGCCGAGUGGGUGCCCUACUAUUGGGCUCAGCUCUUCCUCAGCUCUUUGCAGAACCUGCUGUCAAUUUACAUUCCUUUAUGUUCUACUCAUCUAUUUCCAACCUACCUAGCAAAGAAAGGCACUCAAGACUCGUGUUUUCCUCACAAGCUUUUAGUUGCUGAUUGUCAUUAUGAUUUUUGAUAGGCUCCUGGUGCUGCUGUGUUCUUGUUCCGUUGAUGCUGCUAUUUAUUUCUGUACAGUGGACGCUCGGGUUGUGAACGUGAUCUGUGCGGAAUGCACAAUCGCAACCUGCAGCGUUCGCAACCCGCAGCUGCGCACGCGUGGGUUGCGAUUUGGCGCUUCUGUGCAAAGCGCGAUUAAGUGCUUCUGUGCAUGCGCGACUGCCAAAACCCGGAAGUAACCCAUUCCAGUACUUCUGGGUUUUGGCGGGUCCGUAACCCAAAAAAACGCAACCUGAAGCGUUUGUAACCAGAGGUAUGACUGUAUUUUAUUCAUUUCUGUUGCAUUACAUGGAGUUUGUUAGCCACUUUGAAUGUUUCCUAUAGACAAGAGGCUUGCCAAAGCCACUGAAAUAAACAGGCUCCUUGUAAACUGUCCCCUCUCUAACAGUAAAAUAGAGUGGCUGAGUGUGCCGAACGGCUAGUAAGCAAAACAAGGCCACCCAAAUUAAGGGGGCGGUAAAUACAAAGACAGAAGACUGGAAAUUUAAACAAAAAUGUGAGACUUCCCCAAACAGCCUGACAAGUAUUUCUGAACCAGCAGGUGUCAAACUGUGAUGUAUUAGUAGAGAAAAUAAAAUGAAAUGAAUGGGGUGGUUCGCUGCCUCUGAUGUAGACCAUGAUGAGCCAAGUGGACCAAUGGCCAUAGAGAAAGGGCCUUAACCAAGAGGUAGAGCCUCUGCCUUGCAGGCAGAAGAUCCUAGGUCCCUGGUAUCUUUAGGUAGGGCUGGGAGAGACUCCCUGCCUGAAACCCUGGAGAGCCACUGCCAGUCAGUGUGGGCACUUCAGAGCUAGAAUGCAAGAUCUGACGAAGUAUUAGGCAGCCUCUUCUUGUGCUUUCGUAGCUGGACUGCAGCUGCAGAAAGACAGUUAAAGGGAAGAUGUGAGCUUUGACUUUGGAAGUUUCCUUGAUAGUUUCUUCCUUUCUUUUUCUUUCCAAGAUUCAAUUAAUUGGAGCCCCCAGAGCAGAGAUUUCUCCCUCCCUGCACCGCCUUUCUUAGAAGGGUCACAUGGAGUACAGCUGCCCAGGGGAGGAAGGGGCGGGGGUGCCCACAAGUGCCCCCCCCUUGCAGGGGAAGCUGCUGUGGAGGAGCUGACAAGGCUGUCAGGGAGGCAAGCCCCCUCGGGAUCUCCCCCACUCCCAAUUUCCCUGCCUCUGUGCCCCUAAUUGGCUAAUUAGUGCUUGCUUUGUUUUGAGCUGGUGCUUUCGGAUGAGAGGCUGGGGACUCUCAGGGAAAGAGACAGAUUGUCACACUGCCCUCCCACACGUUUGAUCCGUCGCCUGGCCCUGCUGUGCAGAGCGCAGCAGCCGAGGAGUGUGGGGCAAAUGACAGCAGGGCCCAAGCCUCUUCUGCACAUGCAGUAGAAUAGUGUGGGGCAGUGGAGUGGUGGGACUGUAGAGUCCCAAGGGGAUGGAACAAACUGCGCCGCUUCAGGGUUCCUGACAGGGCCUCAAGUUCCUGCAUGCUCCCCUAUGCUACUCAAUGCUCCUCGCAAGUAGAAAAUUAGUGUGCCAGGGACAUAGCUGGGUUGGAUUCUAUUUCCCUGAGGCGCUAGCUUUUUUUACUUGCACUUUGGGUUUUUUUUGGGGGGGGUGGAGGUGGGGAAGAGGCAUUUCAAUAUAGCAACCCCCACUUACUGUGUGGAGCAGUAUAUAUAGUUCACCCCAUCAACUCAAUAAUUCCUCCAGCUCAUUCCGCCCCAUGUGUAGACAGGACUUCAGACAGCUAUCCAGGGCACUGACUGAGGUGAUAAUUCUUCCUUAGGAAGAACUCUGAGGUGAUAGGAUGUCUGAAUGCUUUGACAUGGUACGGCACUAAUGUGUCACUAUGUAAACCCUUUGCACCUCCUGAACAGGGACAGCUGAUAAAAUACGACUCAGGAGUCUAGUCACGCAAAACCACACGCUAACCAAAUUCACCCACAAAGAGCAUCCGGAAAGACCAUUUUAAGAGAGCACAAUAUAACACAAAGAGGUGGGGGGUCCUACCAGUGCCACCCACAGAACCCCCCUUUUUGUUUUAACAUUGAGCUUGCUGGAAACCACAAGAGGGGAGAGUGCGCUUGAGCUCAGGUCUUGCUUGUGCGUUUCCCACAGGGGCCUCUGGUGGGCCAUUGUGAGAACAGGAUGCUGGACUACAUGUGCCAUUGGCUUUGUUCCUGCAGGAAGUUCUUAUGUCCCUUUUAUUGUGCAUUAACAAUGAUUUGUUCUCGAGAUGCUAUCAGAGGGGUCAAACAUGAUCGCGCUUUCAGUAUUAUUUGCACCUGUAAAUGUUUGGGGGCAAUCACACUGCUUCAGUGCAUAUCCCAUUAACUUCCGGCUUGAAUUUUUCAACUUUUCAUACUACAAAAGUUCUGGUUUAUUUUCAUCCCGCUUUUGUUGUAUCACAGCCCCUCUGGUGCUAGCAUAGAGGAAGUGUUGCAGGACAAAUGAAAGCUAUUCCAUACCUGCCUGCUCAGAAGAAAACCCCAUUAAAAGCCAAUGUGGUGGCUAGAGUUCAAAAGCAGGGCAGUGGAAACCCAGAUUCCCAUUCAGUCAUUAACCUCACUGGAUGGCAGGGCCAUCAGCAGUGAGGGCAAGCGCACUGUGGCAGAGAUGCAAGAGCAGGGCCGGGUGGGGCGGAUCUGCUACCCAAGGCAAAUGGCUUCACCUCGCCUUGUGGGAUGCCCCUGCUGGAUAAUACAUAUACAGUACACUGUGGACUUGAUGCAACACAGCUUGCCCAGCAAAAUGCACUCCCCCUGGGGAUUCGUCUGACCCUCCCAAGCAAAUUGAGGGUGGCUGGGGUGGGGGGAGCAUGAAGGGAAAUCCCAUUGCACUGGCUUCUGCUAGUGCAAUGAUUUACUUGAAUACAGCCCCAAUACAUUUAAUGCACAUGGUUUCCCCCCAAGGAAUCCUGCAAACUUAAGUUUACCCCUCACAGAGCUACUGGCCCUGGCACCCUUAAAAAACUAAAGUUCCCAGGAUCUUUUAAAGAAGCCAUGUGUUUUAAAUGUAUGGUGUGUACACAACAACUGAACCUACCUCACAGGGUAGUUGUGAAGACAGAAUGUUGAGGGAGGAGAACCUUUGUUUCACUGGAUGAAAGCUGUAAAUAUAAGAAUGACAGGCUUUGGAAUAGAGACACAGAGGAUUGCAGCCUUUGGCAGCCUUAGCCCAUUAACCAUAGUUUUCAUUAAUCAAACCUGUCUAAGGUUGUGUUUGAUUUAAACAAUAAGAGGGUGUCUGCCAUCCACUAAUUUACAAACAAAAGAAAAAUAAAUAACUUUUUUAAAAAUGCAAAAAUAAAACAUCUGCUGUCCUAGCAAAAUAUUAGAUCAAAAUAUUUAACCGUCAACCAGUCUCAUAGAUACAUUCAUUCUACGUUGCAACUUCCUUAAAAUAAACAGGGAAGUCAAACUGCACAUUGGUUGGUGAAAAGCCUUCUACGACCUGUAGUCCGAUUUUUUGAACAACUCCCAACAGGCGCUGUAAACACAGCCAAUAGGCAUUAUAGUAACGGUAGUCCGAAAGGUCUGGUGAUCGCUACGAUAAGGAAGGCUCCACAACCCGAUGCACGUUUCACCGGGGAGUCAGACCCACUAAACUCAGCGGGGCUUACUCCUGAAUAGACACGUAUCGGAUUGCACUCUGAUGUUGCGAUCCUAUGCACGCUUCCCAAGAUUAAGUCCCACAGGAUUCCCAUGGGGCUUAAAGCUGAGUAAAUAAUUGCAGCCUCACUACCAAAAUAAAUAAGGAAGUUCAUUUGCAAAUUUAUACAGAUGUACUGUAAUUGGUGAAAACCCUGUGAUCAAUAGACUUCACUCACAACCUUAUCCAUUUCAUUACUUUCUCUCUCCCCCCCCACUUUUUUUAGUAAAUAAGACAUAUACAUCGCUCAAUUAAACAAACAAACCUCCAGGCGGUUUAUAUAAAAUCUAAAAUAUUCAUAAUAAUAUGCCGAUAAAACCAACACUUUCGAAACGAAACUCAGUGGGAUUUUAUCUUUCAGCAGGCACGUAUCCGAUUGCAUUAAAACGUAGAUAGCCCUGUCGACCCGUUAGAAAUAUUAGAUAUCAUCUGAAUUAUGGAAACAAUUCAGUAAGGUGGUGGUACGUUUGCACUGCGAGGCUGUGCGAUAGGGAAAUGACUUAAUAGCGGCGCCGCGGAGAAGAGGUUCCGAGGCUCAGCCAGCUCCGCCCGGCGGAGCCCCGGUUCCAGCGGCCGUUUCGGGCUCGGCUCCGCUUCCUCUCGGGUCGGCCUGGCCUCCUCCUCCUCGAGGGCCGCCAAUGAGCGCCGGCGGGAGAAGCGCGGCGGCCAAUGGAGCUGCGGCAGGAAGCGAGCGCCACGGCCGGGGAAGGAGGCGGCGGCCAGGCAGGGCGCACGGCGGCGGCGCGCCGGAUCAAGUUCAAGCAGGGCGGGCGGGCGGCCUGGCUCGGUGGCGGCGGAGGUGAGUCGGGGGUCGGGGAGCGGCGUCGGGAGCAGGAGGGGAAAGCAGCCGGCGCCCUCCGUGCGCACUCGCGUUGGACCCAGGCUUAGGGUCCCCGGCCAGGUGUCUCCUAGUUCCGGGGUGCGCAGGGUGGGGGACCUGAGUGUGCUGAAGCCCAAGGAGGUUUUGUCUGCCGCUCCCAUGGCAUCGCUGUGGCCCAAUAGCGAUGGGAAAUAGUUGGGCCUUAGGAGUUUGGCGAGACUCGAGUCGGUGGGUGUCUCGGAGGUGAGGUGUGUGCAGGGCCGGAUUUAGGUUUGAUGAGGCCCUAAGCUACUGAAGGUAAUGGGGCCCUUUAUAUGUCCAGCUGUCCUUUGUUAACAACAGAUUGCCGCUGUUUUUUGUGUUGAAUAUGCUAUGUGGUAAUUUAGGGACCUAAUAGGUAUCUAAAGCCAUUUGCACAUAACAAAAUACGUUAUCAAAGUAAUUUAGGGAGCAGGCUAGCAGGCGGGGCCCAUUACUUACAUCAUAGGAGCCUACACAACACAAAACACUGUUGCUGUAUGUAGGUUUUAUUUUAUUUGCUUUUUAUCUUAUAUUUUGGAAAUGUACAUCCAGGUUUUUUCCCCUUUAAUUUUUUUGGGGCCCCAAGAGAGUGGGGUCCUAAGCUAUAGCUUGUUUAGCUUAUAUGGAAAUCCAGCACUGGGAGUGUGUGUAGGGGAGGUGGAUUCAGAUGGCGCUGAAACACUUUGGAAGUGAGCAAGAAGCUCCUCUGCUGACCUUGUCAAGUCCUUUCUCCUCCCCUGCAGGGACAACUGCAGGGUUGGGGUUCCCCUCCUCCCCGCUUCCCACCCAGAAGUCCUGGGGUGGAUGAGGUUGGACUGGAAACCCCUCACUCCUGUGGCUCAGAAGCCUGGCCACUUUAAUCUGGCAACCCUGAGAGAUCGUUGGAUUGAAGAAUGAUUUUAACUGUAGCUGCUUUUUUUAAUAGAAUAUUUUAACUGUUCUAGAAUGCCCUUUGCCUUGUUUUUGUAUUGUGUGCCUCCCUUGGGGAGGAAGGGCAAGAUAAUAAAUUCAGUAAAUAAUACCACAAGUGCAUUUAAAGUGCUAUGAUGCCACUUUUUAUUUAAAAAGUUAUGGCUUCACCCAAAGAAUUCUGGGAAUUGUAAGGAGUUGUUAGGAGAUCUCAAUCCCCCCCCCAUUCCCCCCACAUAGCUGAAAUUCCUAGAGUUCCCUUUGAAGAGGGAUUGACUGUUAAACUGCUCUGGAAAUUGUAGGUCUUUGAGGGGAAUAGGGGGUCUUCUGGCAACUCUUAGCACUCUUCAAACUACAGCUCCCAUGAUUCAUUGCAGGGAGCCAUGACUGUUUAAAGUGUAUCAUAGUGCUUUAAAUGUGUAGUGUGAAUGUGGCCCCAGAGUUAUCUGGAAGGAAAGGCCUUCUACUGAAACAGUGAGCCUUGACUCAAGUUAAGGGGAAGAAUCCUGAUAAGCCUUAGUAGGACAGAGUUCGCUACCCUAAUGUAAACUUGUGGAAAUCAAUUCAACUCUGUCCCACAAAACUGUAGAGUGCUUAAAUUUUUGGUGGUAAAUAUUUUACUCCUAAACAGUAAAUUUCUUUGGUUAAGUAAGCAUGUUGCUGCCGCCUUCUAGGGGAAUCCUAAACUGGCAGAGUUGAGAACCAGUGUAAGCUACCAAAAGAUCUAAUCAAGUGUGUGUGUGUGUGUGUGUGUGUGUGUGUGUGUGUUUGAUUGAUACUUGAGGAUUAACAUAUCUGAAUGUGUGAACAGCCUUCUUGAGAAGAGGUGGGGUUGGCCAGGGGCCAGCCAGAUGCUUCAGACCAGCCCAGAAGGAGGGCAGGAAGAUGCAUUGAACAGCUUCUGUAUGUUUGUGAAUUACGAGUUAUGCUGGAGAUGGUAAUUCUGCUCUAGAUAAAUAAAUUCAUUUUUAUUUCCAGCUCUUUGCAAACUGCGAGGCCAGGGUGGGUGACAGCACUUCAAACAGUGAUCCAGUAAAAACAACAAGAGAGUCUUGUGGCAUCUUAAAGGCUUAAUUGUAUUAUCAGUCUCAAUUAUCUGAGUGCCAGAUAGCCAUACAGGCAAAUGACACCAUCCACAUGCAAGACGGAGGGACUAAGUUUUCAGAAGAACAAAAAAAAUAGAGGGGAAAAACCAUGGGGAACGCCCCCCCCCCCCAAGUAGGGCUGAACAUGCUCAGUGGGCAUGGAAUGCUGGCUGACCAUUGAGGGUGGAAAACUGUAAAGGAGUGGGGAUAGAAUAUCCUGGAAGAAGAUGUAGCUCUCCACAGUGCAACCUUUUGUUGCAGGUUCAUUUGUAGAGUUAAUUUUUUUAAGGAGCAAUCAGGCUGUCCUUGUUUGUCCUACUCCUCUGGAAUCCAGCUCUGACCAUAAAAAUACCCAGUGAUCUCUGAAAAUGGCUGCUCAGCCCCUGCUAUUAAAAGCCAGCACCAGGAGUACCACCAAAAAGUAUUCGUAGAAAUUGCUUAAGCUCUGAUUCCUUUUACGUCUCAGAAGACAGGAUCUGGUAAGAACGCUUAACUCACAUGCUCUCCUUUCAUGUCCGCAGGACCCGCAGGAGCCAUGUGGCCAGUUCUGUGGGCAACAGUGCGGGCCUACGCCCCUUACGUCACCUUCCCUGUGGCCUUUGUGGUUGGGGCGGUGGGCUACCACCUUGAGUGGUUCAUCCGUGGCCAGCCACCCCCUCAGCCACCUGAGGAUGAGAAGAGCAUCUCGGAGAGGCGCGAAGACCGCAAGCUUCAGGAGAGUGCAGGAAAGGACCUCACCCAGGUGGUCAGCCUCAAGGACAAGCUGGAAUUUGCUCCCAAAGCUGUGCUCAACCGGAACCGUCCUGAGAAGAACUAG